AUGAAUGAAUGGAGCUACAAAGUGGAUAAAGCCCAAGCAAAAAGUAAAAUGAAUGUUGUGAAUGAAGUAGAUAAGAAAGUGGUGAAUAUCUCCAAUGAGCCUGCGAAGGACGAAGGAAGCGCUGUGUCGAUGGAAACAAGCUAUCCGGAGCUCUUUAAAGUUUUGGACGAAAGAAAUGAAAUACCAAUUCUUGUUCCUCUCCACUCUGCCUGGUUCAGCACAGAAUCAGUCCAUCCCAUAGAGAGAAGAUUUUUUAACUCUUAUCUGGAAAACGAAGAAGACCGGCAAAAAUACGUUGCAACAAGAAACACGAUAUUCAAAAUGUACCAAGAAAACACAGCAAGCCAUCUGAGCAUCACUGAAUGCAGACGCAAAGUGUCUGAAGACGUCUCCACUCUGAUAAAAAUAUACUCAUUUCUCGAACACUGGGGCCUGAUAAACUACAAAAUAGGAGUGAAAAGAGAUGUUGGAAAAAUGCUCGAAAAAAUAAAACAAAGAGACCUGUUCAACAUCCAGAAAGGCAGUGCCGCAGCAGAUGCAGAGGCACAGAAAAAAUCUGCGCACUCUUCUGAUGCCCCCGUGAACACUUCUGUGCACAGACACAGCGCUGAGCCAAAGCACACUGAUAGUAUUUCCAGCACACACAAUAAUUUCUCUAACAGUUCUGGAGAUAGCGGUAGAUAUGUCACAGUUGGAGAGUCAAACAUACCCGCACCCAACAUCACCCCAAGUGUCCAGAAAGCUCCUGCAGAUCUUUUGCACGAUCCAUCAAAACAUUUUAGUCUGCAGCCAAACGGCCUGAGACAGAGCCACAUUCCCGUGGACAUUUCUUGCACACACUGUAGUAAAAAUAUGAAUGUGCUUUCAUCAGAAGAAAAGAUAUACUUUUCUGAGAAGGGAAAGAGCGUCCUGUGUCUGGCCUGCUUCAGUGCUGGCAACUAUCCUUCUAGCUACUCUUACUCUGAUUUUCACAUUCUCGAGGCUGGCGUAAUUCGACAAAUGUGGACAGAAAAAGAAGAAAUGCUCCUUGUCGAGGGGAUUGAAAUGUACAAAGACGACUGGAAGGCAGUUGCAUCGUACGUAAAAACAAAGACUUUGGAGCAGUGCGUGCUGCACUUUCUGAAAAUGGGAAUACAAGAUCCGUUUUUGGAAAUGGAGGCUAUUUCAUUUUCCGAAAAUAAAAUGCCUUUCAACUAUUCGCUGAACCCUGUAAUGUCAACGGUCGCAUUCCUUGCGAGUGUUGUUCAUCCAGGGGUGGCAUCAGCUGCUGCAAAGGUUGCAGUCGAAGAAAUCCACAGAAGAUCUCAGAAGAACAGCGGAAAAGAGGGAUGGCUGAACGACAGACUCAAUGAAAUAGCUGUGAUUGCACUGACAUCGUGUCUAUCACGGGCGCAAGAGCAGAAAACACUGGAAGAAGGGAAAAAAGAAAGACUGCUGGAGCUGCUGGUUGAAAGUGAGAUGAAAAGAGUUGAUUUGAAGGUAAACGAGUUCACCGAUCUGGCAAAAACUCUAAAAAAGGAGAGAGAAGAUCUGGAGAAAAUGAGGGAAACGUACAGAAAAGCACACCUUGAAACAAGAAAAGAAAUAGCAGAAAUAGUCACAAAAGUAAGAAAGAUAUGCGAUGAAACGGGAAAGAAUUUCGAGGAGGUCUUUUUUAAAGAAUAA